GUUUAGUCGGCGCGUGCGCACGCCGAUACGGCUGUCGUUUCGUUUAACGAAAUAUCGAAGUAUUAAAAAACUAUUUAAUAAACGAAUAUCGAACUGACAUGUGUAACUAGUGAAUGUGUGUAUAGAUUGAAUUGAAACGUAAUUAAUGUUUGUUUCUUAUAAGUAUUGUGCAAAAUACUUCGCUGUGUACUUACACCAGCUGUCAAAAUACUCGGAUUGUUGAGAUAAACACAAGAACAAACGAUUGCAGUUCAGUUAGACUACUUAGGGAGAACCUACACUGGAAAUAAAAUUCGAGACAAGCAGACAAAAUGAUGAAGAAAAUAUGAUAGAGUAACCAUAACAAUAGAAAAAUGCAACCCUAAUACGAAAAUAGACGUAAAUAUGGUAUAGUGAUAAAACCAAGAUGGCGCAUAAAGUGAAGAGCAAUCAUUACGUGGCAACACACAGGUCCGGAAUGGACUCGCCCUCUUCCGGAGGGUACCUACACAGGGGAUCAUCGAGGGAUGAAAACGACAGCCACCGAGCACCCUCGGAAAGAACUUUAUCUGAAUAUACGACCAUAGACGAGAGGACGCGGUCGCCCUCUGGUGGUGGCUCGGGAGAACAUCGCAACGGUAGACGACACCAGGCGGGCGGGUCACCGCGCGCUGAUUCCGAUGUCUACGUCACCAGCGCCGCCUACCGCCCGCCCUCGGAAAUUAGUCGGCAGUCGCGAGGGCCUCGCAGCGUUUACUCCUACAGAAGCGCGGUGGCGCCCUCUGUUGCCUCCACACAUCGCUCAAAAGUCUCCAGAAAGGCGGGUGUAAAAGUAGAGACGAUGGCAGCGCCAAACCCUUUCUGUCCGAACGUGAAGGGCAUGUGCUGUCUCAUGCUGUUGCUCAACCUUGGCCUCAUCCUCGUCACCCUCGGCUUUGUUAUAGUGCUGCAGUUCUUCGAGCCACUGUUUGUCUGGAUUCUAGGAAUAGUAUUCCUGAUAUUCGGCUUCAUCACACUCGUCGGCAGCCUCAUAUACUGCGUGGUUCUCUGCAGAGAGAACCCUUACCCGAGGUACCCUGACGACUUCUACUGGACUCACCACUGGUCAAAGACAAUAGGACCUUCCGAGAUACAUUACAGCGCCAGCGAAAAGCCCUACAGACAGAACGGACACAGCGACAGAUAUAAUAAAUACAACGGGAAAUACUCCGAUAGAGAAAGUGCUAAAGGUUAUUCUGACAGGGAAAGCAAGUUAAGUAGGUAUUAACAAUGAAACUUAGGUUAUACUGAGGUACUGUGCUGCAUUUAAUAACGUAAUGUUGUCACAAAUACCAUUAAUGAUUGAACUGAAGAGUUUAUAGGUUAGAAUUCUACAAUGCAUAUUUGUAAAAUCUUCCUUAUUGAUUUUAACGCCAUCUUUCUUUAUUUAAUUAAAAUAGAGAAAAAUUGUAUUUUUAAGAUUAACUGAUUGAUCCUGUUUUAACACCGAUUUAAUUAUAUUUAAAAGUACA